AUGGAUAAUAUCUUGAAUUUUCGUGAUGUUGGCAAAGUAAUUCAAGAAAUUUGUAGGAUGAAUGGGGAGAAAACUGAAAAUAUGAUGAAAUCCGGUGUAUUAUUUCGAGCAGCGAAACCAGAUGACGCGUCCGACCACGAUAUCAAGCGUCUUUUAGAAUACGAUAUUCAUACUAUUAUCGAUUUACGUUCUGGAUAUGAAAAUACAAAAUCGGAUAUAUUAGCGUCUACGUUUCCUUUACAAGAGGUCAAUAGUGUUGAUUUUUCAUCUCGUAAAACCAUCAAAAUAAAUUUAAAUGGAAGUCAAUACGCAAAGUUGGUUUUAUCUUACGCAAGUCGGGCUAUUGCAUUUCAAAUCAUUGGUUACUUUUUAAUUUGCCAAAAACAUUGGGCUGCGCAAACAAUGGCUACUAAAGUUAUAGGUCCUUUAGGUCUAGGGAAAAUGUAUUCCUCCUUUUUUGAGGGCUGUCAUGAUGAAGUUCGGAAGAUUUUUCAAAUCAUGACCGAUAAACAAAAUCUUCCUCUAUUCGUACAUUGUACAUAUGGAAAAGAUCGUACAGGAUUCAUAAUUGCACUAACCUUAUCACUUCUCGGAAUUCCUGAUGAAGUUAUAAUUACCGAAUAUUCACAGUCGCAUGAAAAUCUUUUAUCACUCUAUCCGAAAAUGAUAAAAGACAUGGGAAAAAUAGGAUUAGGUGAAGGAUUCGCAAUAGUAGAUCCAAAAGCGAUGCGUCAAAUGUUGGAAUUUUUGCAUGAGCAAUAUGGAACUGCGUCUGAUUAUUUAUCUUCGAUUGGAUUCGAAUAUAAAAGUCAACAAAUUGUUAUAAAGAAUCUUUGUGAAUGA